UCAAAUAAUCUACACUGUUCUCCUUGAAGGGCCACAUUCCUACAUUUAUCUGGUGGCUGGUGGGAUUUUUUUUUUUUUUUUUUUUGGGGUGGGGGAAGGAGUGGAGGGGAGGCGUGUGGGGCGGCAGGGGGGGUGGUUCAGUUUUUAAGACCAUGAGCGAGGCCAAGAAGGGCGAGCUGGCCAUCCGAGAUAAAGCCAUCCUGCACCAGCAGCGGCGUCUCAAGCAGGCCACUCAGUUCACGCACAAGGACUCGGCUGACCUGCUGCCCCUGGACGGUCUCAAGAGACUGGGGACGUCCAAAGACCUGCAACCCCACAGCAUCGUGCAGCGCCGCCUCCUGGAGGGCAACGUCACGCGGCCGCGGGGCGAGCCGCGGGACCCCGCCGCCCGCGUCCGCUCGCCGCUGGCCGACGACGGGGGCGAGGACGGGCCGGCCGACGGCGAGGACGACAGCGCCGCCGACUCCUCGGCCGAGGAGAGCGAGAAGAGCCUCCGAUCGGACGACUGCGACGGCGCGGCGGCCUCGGAGACGGGGCGCCCCUCGACCCUGCUCGUUCAGUGCAAGUGCUGCGAGAGCGACGUGAAGGCGUCGUUCAACACCGGCAGCGUACGCAACCGCAUCUCGCCGGCCUGCUGCCAAAAGCUCGGCCUCUCGGCAACCGCAAGCGGCUCGGUGAGCGGUCUCAAGCUUCAGCUGGGCUCCAGGACCAUCCGGUGCUCCGCUUUGGUCCAAGAGCACGAGUCGAGCGAGCUGAGCCUCGGCCUGGACACUCUGCUCCGACUCAGAUGUUGUCUGGACCUGAACCGCAGGGUCUUGACGCUAGGGGGCGUCGUCGAGGAGCUUCCCUUCUUGAGUGACGGCGAACACGUCGCCGCAAAGAAGGUGUGAGCGCCCCCCUGCGGCCGUACUCGCGUCGUCGUCGUCGCGGCGGCGGAACGGGAACGCCCGGCCUGUCGGACUUCGAGUGUUGCACGUCGCCCGAUGAGCGUUAGCCGCUGAAGAAAUUAGCCCGUGGGUGUUAAUUGCAGUAUUUUUUUUUUCCAGUGAAUUGAGGUGAUUGGACUUCGACCAAUUAAUCCAUUUUGAAUUCCAAAGGUACACAAAAUUCACAUUUUCUGAUUGGCUUUUUUUCCUCGCCAGAUUGUUUGGUGGCAAGCCAAAUAUGAAUGAGUGACUGUUAGCAUAGCGUAGCAUUCAUCCAAAAAGGCUACACCUAGCUAACAACUGCCACGACACACUCAGGCAGGAAGCGUUUGCCCUCGCAAAAAGUGAAAUCAAAUCUUUCGGCAAAUCAUUUUAAAACGAGGAAUUAGCAGUUUGUUAGCAUCGACAUGCUAAUGGGUGUCCACGCCAGCUCCAUUAGCCAGUCGCACACUUUCCGAACUCGUCCUUUUCUCAUCAGAUUUAAACAAACCUCGAAAUUUUCAGAAAAUGAAGCGGAUUUGGACUUUUCAUUUUCCCCGUCAACAUUUACGAAUGACCAGACAUUUUACAAACGGACCUGAUCCUUCCACGCGCCUCGAGCGCUUUCAAUUAUUCAACACAUUCACUGACAAUUAUUUUUUUAUAUUCCCAAAUCUUCGCUUGCUUCCAAAUUUCCUUCUAAAAUUCUCAAAUCAAGGUCGAUGUUUUCUAAAUGUUCUUAAAAUUUCAGCCAAUGCCAACGGUUCUUUCAAGGUUAUGACUGGAUUCUGCGGGACUUGCAUCUCGACGGGUUGCACUUGCUCUGAUUAUCGCGCAGUCCCGUCGAGAAGUGACGUUUUGUUGUUGUUGUUGUUGUUUAAGACGUUCGGUGCGCGGCCAGCUUUUCCGUUUCCACCCAGUAAAAAUCGUGCGUCAGUCGUUUGUCUGGGAAAUGCGCAAACAUUCCACGUGCAUGACGUUGUGGCGUUCCGCAUGAAUCUUUGUGUACGGUACUCUGACGCCGUGUACCCCGGAAGUGUGUUUUUACGGCUCACACAGGGAAAAAACAAAAAACAAAGACAAAAAGCUGAGCUGCCAAACAAGCUGCCUUCCCGCGUCGCCUUUGUCAAAUCUACAAAAGCUUUGUAUCAUUUUUUUGGGACCAUUUUGCGCAUAUUAGCACCUCUGAGACCUUGACGUUUGCCUCUUUGUUCUUUUCUUGAAGGUAGCUCACUUUUGAUUGAUGGUUAAAUUUUCAAGAAAAACAAAAAAUAGCACGGUAUGUUUUUGAAAACCACACGUGUAGUUGGGCAAAAAAAAAAAAAAUAAUAAAAUCCUUUUGAUAAACUAAAGAACAGCCAACGUGAUGAGUCAUUCAUGCCUUUCAGUUGAAAAAAGGAAAUUCGCAUAUAAUCAAGUGACUGAAAUCGGUCACCAGAUAAGCUCACGGCUAGCCGAGCUUCUCCACGACUUCUUUGUAUGUUCAGGAUGCUCCGUGGCAUCACGCUGCCUCUCUCAGGUCAGUCCAGGAACUGCACCACACUUGUGGUCUCGCACUGACCCAAAUGUCAUAAAAAGACCGACUUAUAUUGGUGACCGCUCGCUUUGCACGUAAAUGUUGUUGGCGAAAAUGCUCGGGUUUUUUUUCCCCCCCGUUUUCACGUUUGGCCUCUCGCGCCCCGUCGACCAGUGACGUUACGACAAUUUUAUUUUUUUGUGUUUCUCCCUGCUCUUCUUCUGUAUAGCAGUACUUUAUCUGGCAGACAAAUAAAAGAUGUGUAU